GUGCCAGUUUGCUAUAAUAUAAGCUGCUGUAUGAGUCUGCUGAUAACAAAAACAAUUAAAGUCAAAGGUUAUUUACAGCAAACAGCUGUAAAUAUUUUAGGCUUGCAUAAAGUACAUUCUACCUGAAACAAACUAAAAUACGUUGAGUGAAAUCUAAUCAAAAUAAAGUGAAACUUACUCAGUUCUGACAACUAAUCAAUCUUAUAUUGUUCUUCUAGAAACCUCUUUCCUAUAAGCAGUGAUUCGUAUCGGCCAAAUAAAAAUAUUUGCCAAUUAUCACCUGCACUUAAUUGAUCCAUCAGUCAACAAAAUAUUAUCUUUUUGGUUGUGUGUAUAAAAAACAGCCAAGCCGUCGAGUAUUAUUCAGUUGUUUGCCGUGUUUCGUCUUCAGCAGAGCUGCCGAGUGUUUUUUUACUUAUCUCAGCUCCCUCAUCCGUGAAAUGGACUUCUACUACAGACCCGGAUCUGCUCCCUGCCGCUCUGUUCUGAUGACAGCAAAGGCCCUGGGUGUGGAGUUCGACAAGAAGACGAUCAUCAACACCCGUGCUGGGGAGCAGUUCAAGCCGGAAUAUCUGAAGAUCAAUCCCCAGCACACGAUACCCACUCUGGACGACAAUGGCUUUGCCCUGUGGGAGUCGCGUGCUAUUAUGGUUUAUCUGGUGGAGAAGUACGGCAAGGACGACAAGCUCUUUCCCAAGGAUGCUCAGAAGCAGGCUUUGAUUAACCAGCGCUUGUACUUCGACAUGGGUACCCUUUACAAGAGCUUCGCCGAAUACUACUAUCCCCAGAUAUUCCUAAAGAAGCCUGCCAACGAGGAGAACUUCAAGAAGAUCGAGGUCGCCUUCGAGUUCCUGAACACCUUCCUUGAAGGACAGACCUUCAGCGCUGGCGAGGACUAUAGCCUGGCCGAUAUCGCCUUCUUGGCCACCGUUUCCACCUUCGAUGUGGCCGGCUUCGAUUUCAAGCGGUAUGCCAAUGUGGCCCGCUGGUAUGAGCAGGCCAAAAAACUCACACCCGGUUGGGAGGAAAACUGGGCUGGUUGCCAGGAGUUCCGAAAGUACUUCGACAACUGAUCAUUUAAGUCUCGCAAAUUUGUUACUCUUGUUUCAUACCAAUAAAUAUCUAAGCUUAGGAACGUUAAAUUCCAUUGUAUUGCCGUUUAAUAAUAAUUAAAA